UUUCCAGCACAUGGUUUAUGUUUAAGAUGGGCCAGAGCAUGCAAUGCUGUUGCAGCUAUUCAGGAAAUAUUCUUUGUGGCUCCUUUGUGACUCGUUUUCUUUCUUACUCUCCAGCUCUGUUACUGCAUUAUGAUGUGAAAGACUGCAGUAUGUUUACUUUAGCAGAAAAACACCUACUUUCAUGGUGUCCUAGUUUGUACACAGAUCUCUGUUCAGAUGCUUUAAAAACAUUUAUGAAACCCAAAUAUGAAGUUCUACUCCAGAGAUAUUUUUUUAAAUGUCUAACAAGACAGCUAUGCUUUUAGCUAAAUGCUAACACUAGCAUGGCUGCAUGCUCUCAAUGACGAUGUUAACUUGCUGAUGUUUAGCAGGUGUAAUGUUUAUUUUCUAAGCAAACUUACAGAUUAAAGUAUUAACCUGAUGAUGACGCUAGAUGAAAAGUCAUAUAAAUGUCCAUAGGUGUCGAGACAUUUAAUGCAAUGUCAACCUUGUGGUGGCGCAAGUGGAAAAGUCAGCACUAAACUCAUCAGGAUUCUUCCUCUGGGUACUUUGAAUGUCAAUAUAAAAUUUCAUGGUAAUCCAUCAAAUAGUUUAGAUAUUUCAAUCUGGAGCAGUGGUGGACUGACUGACUGAUCAACGUUGCUAUCCCUAGAUCGCUGGCAUGGCUAAAAAUGUACAAAAGCAGCUGAAAAAAAAAAAAAAAAAAAUCAAAAAUAUCCAUUCAAGUAGACAAUAAAAUCCUAAACUUUUCCAGCCAUUGUGGUCCACUUUGCUGCAGGAUAGUACGUGUCCCUCAUCAGGAAACACUACACACCAAGAAACCAGAAAGACCUGAAGUCACUAUGUCUUUUAUAUGAAACGUUUACACUUCCAAAUAAUCGUCUAAUUUCUUUAGUCUGGUCAAAUGGUUCAGGCGACAUCAGCAGUAAAACACACAUUUUAUGACGUGAGUAGAAGUCAACCUCUCUGACACUUGACUCACACUUUUCAUGGAUCUGGUUUGGCUAUUAAGGCAGUGACGAACUGCAGUGUUUGCGCCACUGAGUUUAAUACAAAAGGUGAUUUUUUUUGUGUACUUGGAGCACAAGUACAGGGUUUUAUUUCAUAUGAUCAAACGCAACAGGAGUCCAGUAUGAUUUUAUACUAAAAUCAUGUAUUUACAGCAUUUUAAACUUAAAAUACAGACUUGAUGUGAAACCGUCUGAGACAGUAGCAACAAAAAACUCCCAUAAAUCUGUUAUAAAAUGACAGAGAAAUGACUGCAGAGGAUAGCAACACAAACAUUACCUUGAGUUAUAGUUGCUUCAGCCUCUAGCUGUCAAAAGAAAGACUCUUUUCAGGAGGAAGAAAGCUUUCUGAUUGAGUGUUGGAUUCGGCCUUAAUUGAAACCUUAUGUGUGGCAUGUGGAAUUCUGGGACUUUGGCGCCCUCCCAAGAAUCCACAGAAUGCAAAGUUUUUUUUUCCUGCCUCUCGCUCUCUCUCUCUCUCUCUCCCCCUCUCUUCCUCUCUUCCUCUCUCCCUCUCUUUCUCUCUCUCUCUCUCUCUCUCUUUUCCUAUGUGCAGGGGUGUCUUACAUUAGCCCAGUGAGUCCUAGUGAAGGCGCCUGACGGUCAGAGUGAAUGAGCGAGCGAGAGAGAGAAGGGCUCGGGUUGUAACGUUCAGCCGUCUGACUCUCACUGGAAUAAUCUAAAACCAUCUCUGAACAAAUGGUCUGAAAGGAAAAAAAAAACAUCUUAGAAAUUGGAAGCUUGUCUCUGUGCAUGUGUUUGGGAUGAAGCACCUGUGGGACAUUCACUUCCUCCUGCUCAUCCUCCUCUACCUGUUAGCAGCCGUCACGUCACAGGUCAACCCAGGUGUGUGUCGGUAUCCUUUGGGCAUGUCAGGAGGGCAGAUACAGGACGAGGACAUCUCUGCCUCCAGCCAGUGGUCCGAAUCCACUGCUGCUAGAUAUGGCAGGUUGGACUUUGAGGAGGGCGAUGGCGCGUGGUGUCCGGAGAUAACGGUCGAGCCAGACAACCUGAAGGAGUUCCUCCAGAUUGACCUGCGCUCGCUCCACUUCAUCACCCUUGUGGGCACCCAGGGUCGACACGCUGGAGGCAUUGGUAAUGAGUUCGCCCAGAUGUACAAGAUUAAGUACAGUCGCGAUGGAAGCCGCUGGAUCUCGUGGAGAAACAGACAGGGCAAACAGGUGAUUGAAGGAAACAGAAACGCCUACGACAUUGUACUCAAGGACCUGGAGCCGCCCAUCAUCGCUCGCUUUGUCCGCUUCAUGCCGGUCACUGACCACUCCAUGAAUGUCUGCAUGAGAGUGGAGCUCUAUGGCUGUGAAUGGCUGGAUGGCCUGGUGUCGUACAACGCUCCGGCGGGAGAACAGAUGACCUCGCCUGCUUACCCGGUUUACCUCAAUGACUCUGUCUACGAUGGAGCUGUCAUCUACAGUAUGACAGAGGGCCUGGGUCAGCUGACUGAUGGAGUGUGUGGUCUGGACGAUUUUACACACAGUCACGUCUACAAUGUGUGGCCUGGGUAUGACUACGUGGGCUGGUACAAUGAAAGCUUCCCCAGUGGAUAUGUGGAAAUAAUGUUUGAGUUUGACCGCACACGAAACUUUACCACCAUGAAGGUCCACUGCAACAACAUGUUUUCCCGGCAUGUCAAGGCUUUCCGGCAGGUGCUGUGCCACUUCCGCUCCGAAUCAGACUGGGAGGCCACGCCGCUCUCUUUCAGCCCUGUGGUGGACGAGAAGAAUCCCAGCGCCCGCUUCGUCACAGUCAACCUGGCCAAUCACAUGGCCAGUGCCAUCAAAUGCCAGUUCUACUUUGCUGAUGCCUGGAUGUUGUUCAGUGAGAUCACCUUCCAGUCAGAUACAGCCAUGUACAACACAACUUUGGCUCCACCUAAGACAGGACCGCCACCUAACACACAACCAGAAGAUGACCCCACGCACAAAGUAGAUGACAGCGACACCCGAAUUUUGAUUGGUUGUUUAGUGGCCAUUAUCUUCAUUCUUGUGGCCAUCAUUGUCAUCAUCUUGUGGAGGCAAGUGUGGCAGAAGAUGCUGGAGAAGGCCUCCCGUCGGAUGCUGGAUGAUGAACUAACUGCUAGUUUGUCAAUACAGAGCGAGACGUUCGCCUACAACCACAACCAGUCGAGUACAAUCAGCGAACAGGAGUCCAACUCCACCUAUGAGCGCAUCUUCCCCCUCGGUCCAGACUACCAGGAGCCCUCACGCCUCAUAUGUAAGCUGCCGGAGUUUGCACAAAGCUCAGAGGAGCCAGCUUCUACCAGCACAGCAGCAUCUAAAUCCACCACAACAACUGUUGUCCAAGAUGGCGUCCCUCACUACGCAGAGGCAGAUAUUGUAAACCUGCAAGGAGUGACUGGAAGCAACACAUACGCCAUCCCUGCACUGACUAUGGACCUGUUAUCAGGGAAGGAUGUUGCAGUGGAAGAGUUCCCACGAAAACUGCUCACCUUCAAAGAAAAGCUGGGAGAGGGCCAGUUUGGAGAGGUGCACCUGUGUGAAGCAGAGGGAAUGCAGGAGUUCAUGAAUAAAGAGUUUUUAUUUGACAUCCCUGAGGACCUGCCAGUUUUAGUCGCUGUGAAGAUGCUCCGUUCAGAUGCUAACAAAAAUGCUAGGAAUGACUUCCUGAAAGAGAUAAAGAUCAUGUCACGUCUGAAGGACCCAAACAUCAUUCGCCUCCUAGCUGUGUGCAUCUACAGCGACCCGCUCUGCAUGAUCACAGAGUACAUGGAGAACGGAGAUCUCAAUCAGUUUCUGUCCCGCCAUGAACCCGAGGGACAACUCGCUCUGCUCAGCAAUGCACCUACUGUCAGCUUCAAUAAUCUGUGCUACAUGGCCACUCAGAUAGCAUCGGGGAUGAAGUACCUCUCCUCUUUAAACUUUGUUCAUCGAGACUUGGCCACACGAAAUUGCCUGGUGGGCAAGAAGUACACAAUAAAGAUAGCUGACUUUGGCAUGAGCAGAAACCUGUACAGUGGUGACUACUACCGCAUCCAGGGCAGAGCUGUGCUGCCUAUACGCUGGAUGUCAUGGGAGAGCAUCCUGCUGGGUAAGUUCACCACAGCUAGCGACAUGUGGGCCUUUGGGGUGACCCUGUGGGAGAUACUAAACUUCUGCAAAGAACAACCCUACUCUCAGCUCACUGAUGAGCAGGUGAUAGAGAACACAGGGGAGUUUUUCAGGGACCAGAAAAGACAGAUCUACUUGCCUCAGCCUGUGCUGUGUCCAGACUCGCUCUAUAAGAUCAUGCUGAGCUGCUGGAGGAGGAACACAAAAGAACGGCCCUCCUUCCAGGAAAUACACCAAGCCCUCCUGGAAAUACAGCCUUAAGCCAGGGCUAUGUUUAAGACAGUGAUUCCCAGUCUGCUCAUCUCUGGAAGAAAUGGUGCUUAACAAGAGUAGCAGACACACUCCAGGUUUAAGCUGUCUUGUUUCAGUAGAUUAAAAAGGUGAGAGCCACCUGUGGGCUACGAGCUACAAUUUGGGAAACACUGUUCCAUGGACUUAACACACUACAAAGAUGGACUACCAGAGACAUUUUGUGUGUGUCCGUUUGAGUUUAAUUAGCACAAUCACGCUGGCUAAGAUGUUUUUAUAGGCAUACAGGUAUUCUUAGGAAAAUCUAUUCUGUUUUAUAGUGCACCAACCCUGACACACAUAUGUGUUGCGGAAGCCAAAAUUACAUGUAGCAAGUGACAUUCGGCACUUUUAAAAAUAUAUUUUAAUUUCAUUUGUUAAUAUGAGUUUAAAGUUCCCCAUGUUACAAACUUAUGAAACGUUGUUGAAGAACUGUCUUGUGUUUUCUUCUGGAGGACUGCUUGAAUGUAGAAGGGAAAAGUGCAGCAAACCAUUACUGUUACAUUUCAUUAUAUUUCAAGUAUUUCAUCUCAGUUGCUCAGACAAAAUCCACGUCUUAAAUCAGAAUAUUAAGUAACUCAGUCUUUCUCAUCUCCCUGCAGUUUUCCUACAGUGAUUUGAACAUGAUGUGUAUAUGACUGUGUAUUUUCAAUAGAUAAGUCUAAAUCUCAAAUAUCAAUAUUUUGUACUUUAUAUUUAUAUGUUCAUAUGUGUUUGUUCUGUUUAUGUUUUGUUUAUAUAUGUGUGUAUUAAUAUGCUCUUUAAACUGAUGUGUGUGGAGUAUCAUAUUUGAUUUGAUUCAGUAAUGUUCUGAAACUUUGGAUUUUCACACCAAACAAACAGAAUACAGAAUACAUUUAUAUAUAUUUUUUUUUUCUCCAGUGCAAACUGCAAAAUCAGGAAUCCGGGCUGUGUUUUGGCCAUGUGCUAUGUUGGUUCAACAGUAUGUUUACAGUCUGUAUCAGUGGAGAGAUGUUACUAAGUGUGUUGUGGAUGUUGAACAUGUUAAAUAGAAGGUAAAUAGUCUUUUAAAUCAGGAAUGUAGAGGAGGAAAUGGGAAUAUUCACUUUACAUCACGUGUUUCAUUGGAACCAAAGAACUGGUAUGACUGCUACCGAUCACUUUCACAGUGGUUUAUAUUCGCUCAUAUAUUAGCUGGAUCCUUUCUUCAUCUUUUCUGUUUUUUUUUUUUUUUUUUCCCCCAUAUGGAAUAAUUCUGUGUUUUACUCUAAUAGCUUGAACUUCAUACUGCAUACCACUGUUUCAGCCUGAUCAGCUGCAUUUACAGGUUCUGAACUCUUAUCAGAGGCCUUUGUCCCACUUACCUCGUACUUAAAAGACACUCAUGUCCGCCCUAAUGCAUGAUGUGUCAACCUAUAUGUGGAAGUCAGUCUUAUCUUUCUGUACUUUGCAAGCUGGGCAAACAAAUCUGUACAAAUCUGUUAUAUAUAAUAUUUGGUUAGGGGACAAAUCUGGGUGUUUGUGAAGCAUGUGGUGAUUCUCAUUGAAUAAAAAAAUCUUUUCAUGUCAUUUACAAUCUUCUCAGUGUUAGAGGCAGAUGUAAAGAUGUUAUUGCACCCUGACAAAUUUCCUGAUUUGUUUAGUUUUAUUACAUCUUUGUACUCAAAUGUUCAGUGAGAAUGUUUUUAUAUACUUAAAACAAAAGUUGUACAUUGAUAGACAAAAUACAAAUAAAAUUGAAACAGGGAUGUCUA